GGUAUGCAAACGGAACUCUCACCAUCGAUGUACAAACAGCUGCAAGGAAAGGAUAUCACUGAAGAAGACUUAUUAACGAUGAAUCUAAUUGAAGAAGAGGAGGAGGAAGAAGAUGAUCCUAUUGGAGACCAGGAACGAAGUCGAGAACAAGAUGUUGAAGAACACCACUGCCGUCAACCACCGACUGCUGAGGCUGGGAACCAGAACGAAACUAUUAUCAACACCAGGGAUUCAGAGUCAUCAUCACCAAUAUUACCUCAACAACAACAUCAAUCCAUCAUAUCUUCACAUUCGAAUACAACUACAAGUUCUUCGCCUGAGAUGAUAAUAAUCUCCCCACCUCCACCACCACCAUCAUUGCCACCAAUAUUAUUACCCCGGGAGAUAAUGGAUGACGAGCUGAACAAAAUAACAGGAGAACCGUUAGAUGAAGUCAACAAUGAAGAAAUGGGAGCAGCUCCUACUACACCUUCGUCUUCUCAUCAUGAGAUGAUAAUAAUAAGAUCUCCGCCACCAAGUUCACCACCAUCACCACCAUCCCCACCACCACCACCAUCAUUGCCACCAAUAUUAUUACCCCUGAAGAUAAUAGAUGACGAACUGAACAAAGUAACGGAAGCCCCAUUGGGUCGAGUUAACAAUGAAGAAAUGGCAGCAGCUCCUACUACACCUUCGUCUUCUGAUCAUGGGAUGAUAUUAUCAUCUCCACUACCACAAGAGCCUCAUCUUCGACCAUCAUCACUGUCGCCUCCUCUUGUAGUGUUAUCACCUAAGAUAAUAAUUAGACAACUGAACAAUUCAGGGGACACACCAUCUCGUACUGAUUCGGAGUCCGACGAAAAUAACAACAAUAUCGAUGCAGACAUCGACAACCAUCCUCCCCAUCACUUGCAUGUCAAAAAAGUAAAAGAAAUAAGAAGUAGAGUGAAGGAGCGCCAGAAGAGUAACGCUUUUAAAAUGUUGUCACAGUCUUCAUCAGAUGUUACACCUAUAAGUUUAUACGAUGCAGUUAAUGUCAUAAUCCCUAAAGCAGACAGAGAAUCGAAGAUGGGGAUGCGUACCAUCAGUGGAAUAGUUAUCGAAAUUGAUCACCGGAGAGAUUUAUAUCGUGUGGCCACCAAAUUUGGAACCAUCGAUCAGUAUCUUUCUAGGACUGACUUCGAUAAAUGUGUAGACAGAAUUAUACCAAAUCAAAUUAAUAAGAGUGAGACAACGUAUAGAAGUAACGAGAUGAAGGAAAGAGCAGGCUAA